CACCACCACCACCACCACCACCAUCACCGCCGCCGCCAUCCAUUCGACACCAUCCAUCCAUUCAACAUCUCACUCACUCACCCAUAGUCUACUUCAACCACACUCGUUUCGACUCACUCGACCACGCUCAUUACUCAUCUUCACCUCGGACACUCGACGACCCAUCUCAUAUCUUGGAAAGAACCACACAGCCUCACCAGAGACCUUUAUAACAAUGCUCGCUCGACUCGCUCUCGCCGCGCUUCCCCUCUUGUCUGUCGCCCUCGCCGCGGACUGCACCCGAAACGCCACGGUUCAAAGUGGAGAUACUUGCGAUUCCAUCUCCAACAAAUACGGAGCCUCAACUUUCCAGCUCGCCCUCGUCAACGAAGCUGACAUUGAUGAGAACUGUGAAAACUUGCAGCCCGGAGAGACCAUCUGUCUCGGUGUCGCUGGACAGGACUGCACGAAAGUCUACACCGUCAAGUCAGGAGACACCUGUGAAUGGCUCAUGGCAACUUAUGGAAUGUCCAACACCACUCUGUGGUCCAACAACCCUCAGAUCGACCCUGAAUGCACCAACAUCUACAUUGGAGAGGUCUUGUGCGUCGACACCAAAUCGUACAAUUACCCGUCUUACAACCAAUCCCUGUACGAAGCCAUGGCAUACACCUACCUCCCCUACUGUUAAAAUGCUGGAUCCAUUGUACAUUUAUACAUUUGAUCUAGUCUGCUAGAUUGUACGCUUUCCCUCGACAACUUUCGACCUCUCUUCGUUCAUCUCACUCAACCCUAUUCACGCCCGUUCUUUCGACGUCUGCCUUGAUUAAUGAUCUACGAGUCAAACGAAGUUCGAGUUCUGAAUAUUUCGCCUCUUACACACCACCCUUUGUUGAACAAAUGACUCGUCACGCUUUCUUUGAUGAUAUGGACACUCUGCGAGUGUUGGAUGUGAUAGGAUGCGAGAUGCAUCUGUGUGUUUGACAUCUUGUUUUGGUCCCUGUGAACGAUGGAGAGCAGCUGUAAGAUGACUUUGUGCAAGUAAUGAAUGACUGCUGCAUGUUAUGCGUGCUAUGUCUCUGAG